GACCAACCCAUUUCUUCGGAGACCAGGGGAACAAAGGCCAAGGCACGUAGGAAUGCCGGCACGAUCAUUUCCGCUUCCGGUAUCAAAGGGCAAGCGGAAUGUAAACACGGUAUUGCGAAGUGGUCUCCGAGGCUUGUGGGUCCUCGGUGGAAGGCGGAGGAAGAAGAAAACGAGUGGAGUGGCGGUCGUGGUUUAGGGAGAAAGGCACCUCAUUGGAGACUCCGCGGAGGUGUGACAGAGCGAGCGCUGAGAAUGGCUUCCUUUGGGUGGAAGAGGAAAAUUGGUGAGAAGGUAUCCAAGGCCACUUCCCAGCAGUUUGAGGCUGAAGCUGCUGAUGAGAAGGACGCAGUGGAGAGUGAUGAAGGGAACUGGCUUCAUGCCAUUAAACGAAGGAAAGAAAUUCUCCAUGAAGGCUGUGCUGAGAAGAGUAAACAACUGAAGGAUGAAGGAGCCAGUUUGGCUGAAAAUAAAAGAUAUCGGGAGGCAAUUCAGAAGUGGGAUGAAGCACUACAGCUAACUCCAAAUGAUGCUACCCUCUAUGAGAUGAAAUCACAGGUCUUAAUGUCUCUUCAUGAAGUGUUCCCAGCGGUACAUGCAGCAGAAAUGGCUGUCCAACAAAAUCCACAUUCAUGGGAGUCUUGGCAAACUUUGGGCCGUGCUCAGCUUGGAUUAGGAGAGAUAGUCCUGGCAAUUCGAAGUUUUCAAGUAGCUCUUCACAUCUAUCCAAUGAAUCCUGAAAUAUGGAAAGAAGAUCUUUCUUGGGCAAGAACACUCCAGGAGCAGCAGAAGGUAGCACAGAGGAUUAAGAAAAGUGAAGCGCCAUCUGGAGUAACACAUAUUUCACCAAAGUCAAUUCCUGACUAUGACUUUGAAAGUGACGAGAUUGUUGCUGUUUGUGCAGCUAUUGCUGAAAAACAGAAGACAGUGUCAGCAAAUAAAACCAUGGUUAUUGUGUCAGCUUCUGGGACUGUAGAAACCGUAACUGAGAAGGAAGAGGGUGCUACCACACCAGAUAACUCUGUCUUUAUCAAAGCUCGAUGAAGCAGCACACUUUGAGAAAUUAUUUGAACCUGUCUUUUUGAUUGCUACUUAACAUUUAGACCUAGGGACAUGGACUCUGGAGAGAAAGGACAAGACUCCGGUUUGUAAAAUACGCUUUUUCAAAUGAGGUGCAUAAAAACCACAUGGUAGAAAUACUGUUUAAUGUUUGAACUUUGCCUUCAUGGGUUUGACUGAUUUAUGUUUCUUAAGGUUAGACUCCUGAGUAAAAUGUGUUUUGAUAAUAAGCAGUUUAAUUUGAAUAUGUGAAUGAAUACAUUUUAAAGACACAACUUGAAAAGUGUAUUCUCAGAUAGUGGAUAACUCAAUAGACAGUGUUAUUAAAAUGUUAACUGGCAUUCAUUUUAUGAUAAAGGAUACCUGUGAUUUCUUUCCCUCAUUACAAUUUACUCUUUCAUUUUCUUGCUUCACUAAAGCUUAAAUAUUUUAAGCAUUCAUUUUGGCUCAGAGUUACAUGUGGAAUUUUUGAGAGUUUGGCUGAAAAUAGCAAUAUAUGUGUACAUCCUUAACGUUUUCUUAAAGUUUCUUUUAAUUCUGAUUUGUGCUGCUUUCUGUUUUGACUUAAAAAUUAUAACAAGUAGUUGUCUCCCUUCAGUGUUUGCUAAAUGUGUGAACUGUUGAUAAGUGUCAAAAUGAUGGGUUUUUUAUUGUUAGACUACAGUGAUCCUUUACCACAGUGAGUCACUUUGAAAAUGUACAUUUUUAAAAUGAAUGGCAAGUCAACAAAUUGUAUUCCUACAUUGUCCCCACUCAAAAGCUCUAUUUCUUUUCUUUAUUUUUAGAAGCAUAAAUAAAAACCUAUAACUGUCCAGCUGAUGAUUUAAAAUUGGUUUUCUAGAUAACUUUUUUGGACCUAUUUGGCAAAAUAAAAAUUUAAAGUAGCUACAUUAUAUCUUUCUAAAAAUAAAAAAUCAGGAUGCUACUAAAGUGUAAUGAGUGAUUAACUUAAGAAAAAUGCAUAAAAACUGGAAUGUGAUUUAUAGCAUAAUCUCAUGAGUAUGAAAAGAAUAUAUGAAAGAAAUAGUUUAUUGCCAGGGGUGGUGGUGCACGUCUAUAAUACCAGCACUCAAGAAACUGAGGCAGGAGGAUUAUAAAGUGUUGGCACCUAGCCUGGUCUACCUAGCAAGACCCUCUCUCAAAGAAAUAAAGUAAAAUACUUACCUCCCCCAAAAAAAGAAACCUGAAAGGAAAGAGAAGUACUUUAUUAAGAGACCACAGUCACAUUCACAAACCAAUACUGUCAUUGCUAAUGGAGGUUGUUAUUUAUGUAUUAUACAUUGUAGUACCACCCUAUAGAACGGUUGGGUACUAUUAUUUUUGACACUCAGGAAGCUACUAUUUUUUGUCUGUUAGAGAUGAAAGUUAACUUCUUUGUGUUAAGGAGGCUUUCUUAAACACUGUUGGAGCACGUAAGUAAUUUUUUGUGAGAAUGGUUUUUAAGUUUUGUUUCAGUGAAAUGCUUGUUUCUUUUUGUUCUCAGAGUUAGAGAAGUCAGCACUUGCCUUAAAGUAUUAUAUUUUCCCUCUACGUUAUAUCAUCAGAAAGUUAGUCCAGGUUAGAGAGGCUAGCAUUAGGAUGAUCAAAAAUAAUUGUUUUAUUUUGUUUAAUAAUGAGUAUUCAAAAGGUAGAUUGGUAUCUAGAGAAGGGAGUACUUAUCAUUUGGUAUGUUGUUUUGUGUAAUGGAUGUUUGCUUAUUGUGUACUUUGUGAAUAAAUAGUUUUUCUUACAUUUUGGAGAUUUUCCUGUUACUUUGUGAUGUUAGCUUUUGAAAAAUUAGAUUGAUUUUCUUAGUUUCUUUCUAAUGUAAAAGUAAUAUAUUUAAGUACCUUACAUGAUUCCCCAAACAUGAAGUGCUCAGUAAAUGCUAGAACGUGGCUUAGUUUCUUCUGAUUUUAGGAAAGUAGAUACAGAAUUAUCCUUUCCAUAUCUGAAAGUUAAAAGUCACUGCUUCUGAUAUUAUAGGACAGAUGGUUAUCAGUUGGACAUUGUUCUUGGUUUUAGGUCUGUGCCUCAACCUCAAAAGAUGUAAGACCCAGCAUUUAGUUACUAGACUACUAAAGAGCCUUUUGUUUCCUCUAUAUUGGCAUUGGUAGGUCAGGUUAGUCUCUUCUUUCCCCUGAGUUAAGGCUGCUUGUAUCAAUCCAGGCUCUAAAACAUGCUUAUGCACUUUUCCUUGCAUGGAAAGAAAAAUGCUUACAUUAUUUCUCAAGGAUGUGAAUAUCAAUAUAUAAAAGUUUAAUGAGCUUGCUAAUUAUAAUAAAUUUUAAUCGGGAGAAAAGUGAUGUUCACGAUAGUGAUAUAAUUAUUGAUGUAUAUUUUCUGAAACAACACUAUUUAGCAUUCAAAUUAUAUUAAGUAUAAUUUGUGUUAUUCUUGUUUGAAAAUUAUAUAGCCUAGACACUCAUUAGUCAGAACUCUGCAUAUCUAGGCCAUGCCUGAUAACUGGAGACUUGUAUUAUUCUCUAGGAAAACAGGCUCCUAAAUUGUAUUUUAUCUUAAGUAUGCUAACAAAAACUACAUAAAACAUUGAAAAGUCAUAAAAGGUACAUAUCACUGACCCCAUAGCUACUGCAGCUAAGAUCUACAUAAGAAGUUGGAUGGUGGCUUAGGUAUUAAAAUUUUAAAAAUUGAUGUUUUAUGGCAGAGCUGUAAAUAAAGACUUCAGAAGGAUUUUCUUCAGAAAACCAUAUAGAGUUUUCAUGAUGAUAACAGAACAGGAUAGCCUUGACCAGAUAUUCUGUGCUGUGGAUUCUAUGACAUAACAUAUAUCUAAAUGAGUUGUGAGUUAACCAUAAUCCUAUAAUAGUUAUCUUCAAAUCAGUGGGUAUAGUAAAAUUUUGUCUGACAAGUUAUUAAACCAAUGAUGUAUUUUAUAAUGGAUGGCAUUUUAAGAUUGAGAAAUUAAAAAAUUUUAAACCAGUAAUGAGAUAUGACAACUUGUAAAUUACCUCUUUACCAAAGUAAAUUAAAGUGGAGGUUAUCCCUAAAGUCAUGUACUUUAGUCUCUUGAAAUUGAAUGUGGCCACUUUGAAUGGAAGAGGAAGUGUCAUAGCUAGUACACUAGGCAGGAAUCAUGCCUUAGUGUGCAUUAGGUGUGAGCUUCUAUUAUGUACACGAGGGUGGAAAAAAAGUUGAGAAAUCUUUGCUUUGGUGGGAAGACUUCCUUUCACACUGCAUCUUAGGACAUCCUUUAACUAAGGAAACUUGAUCUCCCAUGUUCUUGGGAGAAGGAGUUUAUACAGAACUGGAUGUGAGGAUGCACUAGUCCCUCUAUCCCCUUUCUUAGGGUUCAUCAUGCCUCUUUUAGCCACCGUGAACAUGCAGUGAAGUGUCUACCUCUGCAAGGGCAGAGACUUCUGUGCUUGCAGAACUGCCCAGGGCUCAGUGAGCAUUGUUGGCACAAGCCUAAAUUCCAUCCUCUAACCUAGUCGUUUGCAGCAGUCAUCCAGUAUAUUGAAUCUCCAUUUGCCUGAUUUUGUCUCUCAAGUGGUUCAGAGGCCAUGAGGGAACACAGAUUAUUUUAUGACUUCCUUAAGCCUGGACACAGAUCAUGAAAAGAAAGAAAGCGUCUCUCAAAGUAAGCAUGAGAUUAAGUAAAAACCAAAUGUGAGAAUUCUUCUCUAAUUUUGUAUUUUUUUAAAUCAUGGAAAUCUUUAGGAAACAAAAGUUGAUUAGAAAACAACAUGAAAUUUUGUGCAGGGUAUUUAAAAGAUCUACUAACUUGCAGUGUGAAACAAAUUAUAAUGUUCUCUGCCUACCUCUGUCAACUUUCUUAAAUGAAUGUAAUUUAGAUUACAUCUGUAAUCCCAGCUACUCGGGGGGGAGUUGCAGAGGAUCAUGGUUUAAGACCAGCUCAGGUAAAAAAAGUGAGACCCCAUCCAAUCAAUA